GUGGGCACAGGUGGGUGGCACUGGUGGGCACAGGUGGGUGGCACUGGUGGGCACAGGUGGGUGGGCACAGGUGGGUGGCACUGCUGGGCACAGGUAGGUGGCACUUCUGGGCACAGGUGGGUGCACUGCUGGGCACAGGUGGGUGCACUGCUGGGCACAGGUGGGCGGAACGUGUGGGUGGCACUGCUGGGCACCGAUCAUCAGGGCACUGAUCAUCAGUGGCCCUGAUGAUCGGUGCUGAUCCUCGCUCUGACAACUGCCGGUUCUCGGCAGUACUUUCCUUACGAUCUGACAGCGUGAGGAAAGUGCAGCCGAGAACCGGCACUUGCAU